AUGGUUAAGAGUCAUUCUCCGGAUGAUCUCAUCGAGUUUAUUCACGAGCCAGAUCGUAUGAUUUUCUAUUACGCCCCAUUCGAAGCAAAUGCUUUUUCACAUCAAAUACAAACUUAUCACAUUGAUUCCACUUAUAAGCUCUUGCGCUCUCGCAUACCAUUUUAUGCCGUCACUGGCAAAUUCGCGGAAUCAAUUGUUUUUCCGUUUUUGUAUUUUUUCGUUUGGCCCGACACAAGUGAAAAUAUACAAGUUUGUCUCACAGCAUAUUUUGGCUCCAUCAAUCGCGAACCAUCUUAUUUUUCAAUGGACUGCGCACCUCAAAUCACAAAUGCUGUUGAAACAGCCAUCCCUUUAUGCCAGAUCAUUUGGUGUGGCGUUCAUGUGUUGCGCGCUGUCAUGAGAAAGGCUGAAAAGUUUCAAGAUCGUUCCAACUUCGAAACUUUCUAUAACUUAAUGAAGUUAUUGGUCUUUGGUUCUGAAGAGGAAGAAAUUGAUCCUGAUGAAGUUUACAACAAUUUAGAAGAAAUUUUAAAUGAGGAACCUGCUGCCCGUGAAUACUUUGACCGACAGUGGCGCCAUCAUCUUGACAGGUGGAUGCUUCGCUAUAGAAAUGAAGGAGAUGGAACAAACAACAUCUCGGAAUCACAUUUCAAGGUUUUGAAGCACCAGUACUUCCCAGAAAGGCGAAAUCUUUGA